CGUCCUUCGGGAGGAAGUAGAGCGGUCUUCGUCUUCUUCGUGUUGGGCUCUGGCAUUGUGCGUGGGCCUGGCUGGGACUGUGCCAUAGCCAUCGCCAGUGCUGUUGUUAGCGUAGACGAGAGUCUCUCUGUGCGGAUCCCUCACUCUCGCACUCUUCCGCUGCAGCUGCUGGUGCGGACCAUGGAUGCCACCGCUGCCUUGCCGACUUCGCCCUCCGCAACCAAGGGUGUUUCGUUGCGAUUAGUGCAAGAGUUGGAAGGGCACGAGGAUAGGGUGUGGGGUGUUGCUUGGAGACCGUGCGAUGGUUCGUCGAUCCUAGCGUCAUGUAGUGGGGAUCAAACGGUCCGCAUAUGGGAGCAUUCUUCUGGGAGCUCACCUUCUUCAGCUGCUUGGGUUUGCAAAGCAGUCCUGGACUCAUCUCAUAAUCGCACAGUGCGGCAAAUUUCGUGGUCGCCGAAUGGCAACUUGCUAGCAUCUGCAAGUUUUGAUGCCACGAUUGGCAUGUGGGAGUACGUUGGCAAUGAAUUCUCAUUUAUAGCUUCUUUUGAGGGACAUGAAAAUGAGGUGAAAAGCGUGGCAUGGAACUCAGCAGGCACUCUACUGGCAACUUGCAGUCGAGAUAAGUCUGUCUGGAUUUGGGAGGUGCUUCCUGGACACGAGUUUGAGUGUGUGUCAGUACUUAACGGGCACACCCAGGAUGUCAAGAUGGUUCUAUGGCAUCCAUCUCUGGAUAUAUUGGUAUCCACCAGCUACGACAACACCAUCAAGAUAUGGACAGAAGAAGGCGACGGUGAUGAUUGGCAUUGCGCGCAAACCCUGGGACCUCCUGGCAGCGGUCAUACUUCAACUGUGUGGGCUGCUUCAUUUAAUGCCACAGGAGAUUGCAUGGUGACAUGCAGUGAUGAUUUGACCCUAAAUAUAUGGGACUCAAGUGCAGAUCUUUCAAGUGCUAAUGAUGACGACUCGGCUAAAUGGAAGCAUCUGGCUACCAUCUCGGGAUACCACGACCGAACCAUCUAUUCAGUGAACUGGUCCAGCCUGAAUGACCUUAUUGCUAGCGGAGCAGGAGAUGAUUGUAUUCGCAUCUUCUCUAAAUCUCAAGAUGGCGACCAAGAAGGAAGUCAAUCAUACGAGUUAGUGCAGAAGCAUGAAAAAGCUCAUACAGCUGAUGUCAACUGCGUGCAAUGGCACCCUAAGAAUCCGCGUUUGCUGGCAUCAGCAGGUGACGAUGGGAUCGUGAAAAUUUGGGAGGUGGUAGGAGAUCUUCCACAUGUUUAGUUUGCUACGAAUCCGUAACAAGUCUUGUACAUGAUGUGGAGAGUAAAUGACUAUCAUAAACUCCUGUAAUUUCUAUUAUAGAAUUAUUGAAUUUCUCCUCGGUCAUAGCUGGAACUAGCUAGCUUAAGUGGUGAAUGCUUCAAGUUACCAAUGGUAGUCAGUGACGCAUCAGCCACGAGCUGGUGGAUAUGCAGUCAAAUAAGUUGGUAGUCAUCAAUAGUUUUCGUUGUAUUUGGUCCACAGUUUUCUCUGAAAUCGUGUGUUCUUUAUCCGCUUCUCCAUCCAGUUAGCUUCACUGCAUAUCCAUUUUAUCAGUUGAUCAGGUCUUUUUUCGAACUUUUUGGUUCCUUACCUUUUGAUAGACGUGUGGUAGCAAGUAGGAUGUAAAUGGACUCAUUUUCUGCUUUCUCUAGUCUCUAGCAUGAGAGCAGGAUAUCUGGCUGUGGCUUGGGAGAAAAUUGAAUGUAAAUGUCGAUUAACAUGCGAUCAAGUUAAAUGUCGUUAAAGUUAA